CUUUGACCACAAACAGGACAACUCUCUCUUUCUCUCUCUUGCUUGCUUAAUUUAAAAUCUUUCUUCUUGAAAUUGGAAAUUAGAAGAGGACUUCUCCUUGGCUUCUAUAUCAUCUCACACCUCAACACACUGUUCUCAGCUCGCUUUCUACUUCUUCUUCUUCCACUGCUUCUGUUUCAACUUUUUGUUUGAAGCCAGCCCUCUUGCUUUCUUUAAGCUGAACUUUUCAAUAUCAUUUCACAUAUAUAUAUUUGUCCAAGUUCUUUUGCUACAGAGCUACCAACUGCUGUUUCAAGUUGUGGGGUUGAGAGAAUGAGUGCUUCAAAGUUCAUUAAAUGUGUCACAGUUGGGGAUGGAGCUGUUGGGAAGACUUGUAUGCUUAUUUGUUACACCAGCAACAAGUUUCCUACUGAUUAUGUACCCACAGUUUUUGACAAUUUUAGUGCUAAUGUAUCUGUGGAUGGGAAUAUAGUAAACUUGGGGCUAUGGGACACUGCAGGCCAGGAAGACUACAGCAGGUUGAGGCCACUAAGCUAUAGAGGUGCAGACAUAUUUGUGUUAGCUUUCUCUUUAAUUAGUAGCGCAAGCUAUGAGAAUGUUCUUAAGAAGUGGAUGCCUGAACUUCGUCGAUUUGCACCUAAUGUCCCAAUUGUUCUUGUUGGGACAAAGCUAGAUCUCCGCGAUGACAUGGGAUAUCUAGCUGAUCAUAUGGGAUCCAACAUCAUAACUUCUGCUCAGGGAGAAGAGCUGAGAAAGCAAAUAGGUGCUGCAGCUUAUAUCGAGUGCAGCUCAAAGACUCAGCAGAAUGUCAAAGCUGUUUUUGAUACUGCCAUUAAGGUUGUUCUUCAACCUCCAAGAAGGAAGGAUAUGGCUAAGAAGAAAAGGCACCGAAGGUCUGCUUGCUCAAUUGUGAGCAUUGUGUGUGGAGGCUGUGCUGCUUAGGGCGAAGCCUGAGAAGGAAUGCUAACCACUGCCUUUUCGAAAAUAACGUUGUUUUGCGGUUUCUCUUGUGGGGUUUUACAAGCUUAAUCCUGACAGGCCAUAUAUUUCUUAUGUGUGUAUUGUAGCUUAAGUAUUGAAAAAUGUUUUGUUUUUAAUUGGCAAACUGACUGGAAAGCGGAAGUGGAGGGAAUUGUUCAUUCUCUCAUGUAUUGUUUACUAGGGAGGGAAAUCUUUUCUUCAGUUCAGUGUAUGGUUUUCUUCUGAAGCACAACUUGUUUGCUUUGUAUUAAUUAAUCACAUUAUUAAUCCUCGACACCCUUGAGCUAUUUAGAACCUCA